AUGGAUGUAGAGGCAGAAGAAAUAUGGCAGAUUCUGGAGAAAACGUACAAGAAAAAACCCAAACUCGUUUUGUCCGUAGUUGGGGAUUCCGAAACGUUCGUUCCAAAGGUUUGGUCUCGAGAUGUAUUCCAAACAGCACUGAUAGAGGCUGCCAAGUACAGCGGAGGAGAUACAUGGAUUUUGUUCUGUGGAGGUCGGAAAAGCACUGUGUCUUCGAUGAUUUCUGAAGCUUUCGACACAUACACCCAUUUAGAAAAUCUUCAUUCGUAUCCCAAGGAAGCCGAAUCUUUUCCAAUCAAACCAAUUUCGCUUUCUUUUGAGGCCGAUUCCAAGAAAGACAGAAAGAAAUCUUCCACUACAAGUGUGCAAUGGUAG